AUGCUGCGCGUCGCCCCGUCGCCGCUCUCCGCGCGACCGCCGGCGCGCCGGCACCGCGGCCGAGCGCGCGCGGUCGUCGCCGCGAAAGACGCGAAGACGCUCGCGCCCGUCAAGCCCGAGGGCAAGGUCGAGCGCGUCUCGCUCGUCCCCACGGACGUGCCCCCCGCGCGCAGCGCCGCGGUCGGCAUCGGAGGCGCGCUCGUCGUCUCCGGCAUCGCCGCGCUGAACAUCCGGCACAACAAGAGAGCCGAGGCGAAGGAGCGCGCGCGGCGGGCGGAGGAGGCGGCGGCGAAACGCGCGCGGGAGGAGGAGGAGGAGGAAGCCGCGAAGGCGUCGGCGGCGUCCGCGUCCGCGUCGGCGGACGAGGACGAGGACGGAGCGUUCGUCGAAGAGGGCGUCGUGUUCAAGAGAAAGGUGAACGCCUGA